AAGGCCUCUUUCCUGCUGACUCGUUACAAGCAGAUCCUGCUGAUGCGGACAUAGGAGAGGGGAGAAGGGAAAGCAGUGAGGGGAUGAAGGAUGGGGAGGGGGAGGGGGAGGAGGAGGAGGAGGAAGAGGGAGAGGAGGAGCCGAAGCAGGUGCUGUUAUGGGAGCUGGUCAGUUCAGUGCAGCAGCUGCCUCCCCCCGUGCUGCGCGUGCUGGCAGUCACGGCCCUAACCUGGCUCGCAUGGUUCCCUUUUCUGCUCUUUGAUACGGAUUGGAUGGGCAGGGAGGUUUUCGGAGGCUCGAGUAACCCUAGGGAAUCUGGACUAGCAGUGGCUAGGGCAGCAGCAGCUAAUGCUGCUGCUAUUGGUACAGAAGCUAGUGCUGCUGCUUCUUCUUCUUUAGCAGCUAGUUUUGCAGCCAGCGAUGUAGCUAGUGCUAGUAGCGAGGCGGCUCUUAAGGCGUACAGCAGGGGAGUGAGGUUCGGAGCGCUAGGUCUGGUGCUGAACUCGGUGGUGCAGGGAGCGACGAGCCUCAGGAUCGACGCUCUGUGCCGGAGGUUCGGGUCUAGGACCGUGUGGGCCGUGGGGAAUCUGGUGCUCGCUGUUUGCCUUCUAGCCACUGCUGCUGUGCCCUCUGCUGCUCCUGUUGUGCCUCAAAUCCGGCUAGCCACUGCUGCUGUGCCCUCUGCUGCUUCUGCCAGUGGCCCCACUGCUACUGCUACUGUGUCUCAUUUCCGCCAGCCAAAUGCUACUCUGUUGGCCCCUUCUGGUUCGUUUCAGUUCCCGAUGGUCGCCGAAGCCUGGCAGAAGAACCCUCUUGCUGCAGCUGCUGCUGCUGCUGCUGCUGGUACUGGUGGUGCUGGUGCUGCUGGUGGUGCAGCUGGAGUUGUGUCUCAUUUCAGCCAGCCAAAUCCCCCGAUGGUCGCCGCAGCCUGGCAGACGAGCCCUCUUGCUGCAGCAGGACAUGCGGGGGUGCUGCGGCGGCAUGGGGAAGGGGCAAAACGAGGAGGAGGAAUAGAGGGAGAAGUGGAAGAUCCGGAGCAGCUGCAGCAGCAGCAGAAGCAGCAGCAGAAGCAAGGGCCUCGGAACCUAUUAGGCGCACGGAAACUCGGGAUACUUGAGUCGCAGGCUAUGGCAUCACGCCAACACUCCCUGCUGCCACUGCCGCUGCCGCUCUCAGUGCUGUCAGGUCUGACAACAAGGGCCUUCAGCUCCCUUUCACGCAUGCCAAAGGCCACAGUGGCCAAGGCAGCUGCGCUCACCAUCUUUGCUGUUCUCGGCGCUCCCAUGGCGGUGACCUACAGCCUCCCCUUCUCCCUCACAGCGUCCUUCACCACCAGAGGGGGCGGAGGGCAGGGCCUGGCAGCUGGUCUGCUCAACAUCGCCAUAGUCCUUCCUCAGAUGUUUGUAUCACUAGUCAUCGGUCCCUUUGACGCGUUCUUCGGUGGGGGCAACAUUCCUGGCUUCAUGGCAGCCGCUGCCUUUGCUGCUGCUGCGGCAGCUGCUGCGUUCUUCACUCUCCCCCGCCCUCCUCCCGACACGCCUCCCCCUCUCAGACCCUCUGCCUCACGCGCUAGUCUUUCUGCUACCUCGAUCCCUCAUUGGGUGUCUCCUCCCUCUGCCUCUGCGCCACGCCAUAGCCUUUCUCCCUCUGCCUCUGCACCACGCCAUAGCCUUUCUAACCCCUUUCGCAUGCCACCUCUCCAUACCUCUGCAGCACGACCCGAUCCUGUGUCUCCCCUCUCCCUACCCACUUGUGUCUCUCCUAUUCCACCUUCGGGCAUCAAGGAUUCUUGUAGCAGGAGCCAAUAG